AGUUUACUGCGGUGCCAGUGGGAGUUUACUCGGGUGUGAGCGAAGGGAGACGACGGAGCUGUCAAACAGCAACAAUCGCCUGAAAUAUUAUCCCGGGCCGCGGUACAACAAACACCGUCCUUUGCUCUUUUGAGGAAACAAGGACGAUAGAAACAGACUUCGAGGUCACUUUGAGCCUUUGGGUAUAUGGACUCUUAAGCCGUCGGCGACGAAAAACUUCCCGUUUUGCGUGUGUUAGUGAAGCUCAGGCUAAUGUUUGUUAGCUUUUCUCUUAGCUUAGUUUUGUUGACAAACUAGCCACAGAGCGUGGAGCUGCGUUACCAACUUCUCUGUUUCGGGGGGUGUUCGCUUGCUUUUUCAACACACGCUAGCCGGGGGAAAAGGCAUGGAACUCAGCUUAAACUGUUCUUCCAAACGACUCUGAAAUAACAACAGGUCUCCAAGGGCUCCCUAUACAUCUGUCAAACAUGUGAAAACCCUCUCAUCCAGGUGGACUCCCCAGUUACAAGCAGUGAGGAACUCGACUACUAGGAAACAUCUUGGAUGCAGCCAGCGUGUGUCACCAGGGCUGCCCUAAACAACAUUUAAAGCUGAAGUCUAUGUGUGUGACAUAUUUUCUCCCAGGACACAAACUGAGUAAAUUCUGUGCUGCCGUGGAGCUCUCGGCACCAUUAAAACAAUCUAGUCCUCUUGUCAUGUGGGUACAUUACAGAAGAAGGCCCAUUUACCCUCACUGGUAUCACCAUCUUUCACAUCACCAUGGACCGGAAUAAACGCAACUCCAUCGCUGGGAUCCCUACACGACCCGAGCGGAUCAGUGAGGACAAAGAUGGUAUCGGAGGGUUAGGGGUCUGCGAGAUGGCCAUGGGCCCGCCCUCACAGGCGGGCCGGGUAUGGCCAUCAUCCUACAGAGCCCUCAUCAGUGCCUUCUCCUGUCUUACACGCCUUGAUGACUUCAGCUGUGAGUGGAUUGGCUCGGGAUUCUUCUCUGAUGUCUUCAAGGUACGUCAUCGAGCUACAGACCAAGUUAUGGCUCUGAAGAUGAACAAGCUCAGCAGCAACAGAGCUAACAUGUUGAGAGAGGUCCAACUAAUGAACCGGCUUUGCCAUCCACACAUACUCAGGUUCAAAGGAGUGUGUGUCCAUGAGGGCCAGCUUCACGCUCUGACAGAGUACAUCAAUGGUGGAAACCUGGAGCAGCUUCUAGACAGCAACAAACACUUGAGUUGGCCCACGAGGGUGAAACUGGCCUGUGAAAUCGGCAGCGGCCUGGCCUACUUGCACUCCAAAGGCAUAUUCCACCGGGACCUCACCUCCAAGAACUGCCUGAUCAAAUGUGAUGACAACUGCUACACCGCGGUGGUGGGAGACUUUGGCCUGGCAGAGAAGAUCCCCACCAAUCUUGCUGAAGUAGAGAAACUGUCUGUGGUUGGUUCUCCUUUCUGGAUGGCUCCAGAGGUGCUGAGGGAUGAGCCCUACAACGAGAAGGCGGAUGUGUUCUCCUACGGUAUAGUCCUGUGUGAGAUCAUUGCGAGGGUCCAGGCUGACCCAGACUUCCUCCCCCGCACAGAGAACUUCGGCCUGGACUAUCACACGUUCCAGCACAUGGUUGGAGACUGUCCGCCGGACUUCCUCCAGCUGGCCUUCAACUGCUGCAAUAUGGAUCCUAAACUCCGUCCAUCCUUCCCAGACAUCGUCAGACACCUCGAGGAGAUUCUUGCACGCCUUAAAGUUGAAGAGAUGGAGCACGAGUGCGUCCCGCUCAGCGGGGACAACGACAAGAAGACCACACUCAAAGGUGAGAAGAUCCAGGGCGUCAAGCGACUGAACCCUCUGGGCUUCCAGGACGACAAAAUCCCGCCGAAAUCCCCCCGCCCCCGCCGGAACAUCUGGCUCAGCCGCAGCCAGUCGGACAUCUUCUCCUGCAAACCAGGAAGGAAAAUCAACGUCCAGGACCCUUACUAUAACCCCCCCAUCGCACACGGAGCCUCUAAAGCUCGCAAGAUCAACCCGUUCACCGCCCGCGAGGACCUGUGCGGGGGGAAGAUCAAGUUUUACGAUGUGCCCAGCAAGUCGGUCUUCUCGCUGGUGUUCGACCUGCACUCUCCUCCGGGGAGUGUGUUCAGCACCCAGCCGUCUGCUUGGGGGCCCGGAGGAGCCCAGCAGGAGACGUCCUACUACUGGCAGCAGUUGCCGGGGAGACAGUGUCACUCCCUACCGGUGUCCCCCCAGCUGCCCCGCUCCGACGUCUUCCACCUGGCGGCUGCCGCUGUCAGCUCCAACAACAAUGGCUCCGUCACCUGUAACCUCAGCCAGCUCUCCACAACGCUGCCACCAACUAACUCCAGGUGUGACGCAGGCCUGAUGGGAAAUGACGUCCGGCAGAAGGGAGUGCUGGGCGGCUGGGUGAAGAAAUACGUCGUGGUUGAGAUCCCGCCUUACUGCCGGCAGAGAGGAAGGGAGGAGGACCGAGAGGGAGAGGGGAGGAAGGAGGGAAACGAGGAGGACGAGCCUGGGGAGAGCUGGUCUCUGAUGGUCCCCAGCAGCGACAGAAACAGUGGGGAGGCGAUGGACUGCUCCAGCAGCCUGGCCGAAGGUGAGGGACCAGAGAGAGGGGCAGAAACACCCUGCCCCAUGUAACACACACACACACACACACACACACACACACACACACACACACACACACACACACACACACACACACACACACACACACACACACACACACGGAGGAUGUGGUGGAUUUGGAAAAGAGAGGGGGACUUUUUUUCCCCCUGG